AUGUUUACAGCGCAGAACAUUGAGCAACAUCCUCGUUCUUUUCUUCCUGUAAGUUCUUGAGAAAUAUGAAAAAUAAAUAUAUAUGCUUAGCUUUGGGUUAAAUCCAUAAAUUCAUAACAAAAGCUUUCCUCCGGGCAGAGGAUUUGAAAUCAAAUCACAGAAAAAUAUUCCGCAGAUUCGAACACCAAACUUAGCUUCCGUCAGUAAAUCAAAAAGGUGUGUGACCGUUUUUUUUUUUGUUUUUUUUGUGAAUCGCGUGGGUAGUUCUGAAUAGAUAAAAUUAGACGAGGAAAAUUAAUUUAAAACAUAAUUUUAUAACAUCCUGUGCCGUGAUGAAGAAAUGAAUUUUUUCCGAAGAAAAACUUAGUCGCAAGGCACCAGUAAGACAAAAUAUAGUUUUAAGUUAAAGCAACAUUCAACGAAAGUGAAAAAGUUGUCGGUCGCUGGUCACUUUUGAGAUCUGUGACUCAGCGUGUCGCGUGAUAUUUUGCGAGGCGUUUUUGUGCGGUGCGUGUUCUACCGUCAUGAUGUGCGUGGGUGUGCACGGAGGUAAGAAUAGGCGCAUCAUUUCAACAUUUGCAUUUGGUGUUGUUAGACGGACGUGACGAGAAGAGCGGCUUUUUCAAAGGAAUGAAUUGUUAUGAAUAUCGGGCACUAUAAAUGCAAUCUUGCACUCUUUCCUAAAAGGCGGAUAACAUAAGUUACAUAUAUCUUGUGCUGGAUUCCCUCGUUUUAACCAAGUAAGUGGUAUGAAACACACCCUAAUUGCCUCUGGUAAUGAUAUCUGACUCUACUGUAAUAUUCAUGACCGAUAGUAGAAAAUGCGGCGUAGUUCAUAGACCUUAAACAGCCAAUUAAGGGCUGAGAUAGUUUUUUUUUUUGCUGAGUUAGUUAUGUUACUCGAGGCCAGAAGAAUUUGUGUGCCGAUUUGAAUUUUUUUUAUUACUACUUGGCUCGUUACUGACGUAUCAAGACAGUAUUUAAAUUAAUCAAAUGCGUUUUCUGCAAAUCAAUGACGCAUUUGGCUCCUCAGUAGUACAAUUCAACUUCCUACACUCAUUGAUUUCAAAACUUUCUAUUUUAUUAAUAAGAUAAAAAGACGCAAAAGGCCUUUAUUGGUAUCUCUUCAUCCAGUAAACAUUUUUUGGUACGGUAAAUAUCACUGCGGGAGCGUAUCUUUUCUUUGCGGGAUGCGGUCAUGAAACGUAACUCAGGUCAUUCUACAAUGUAGUUGGGUAGUGGUAAAGAUUGGAAAAUUAACCAAUAAUGCACAAUCGAUAGACUCUAUUACUUAAAAACGAAUUUUUUAUUUUCAUGUCCACUGAACCUUGAUCGUUUAAGAUACUAGCCGUGUAACCAUCAAGAAUUUCGCAUGUUAACUAUCGACCCACGAACAGAACUUGGCUUCUUAACGAAAUAAAACUCAGAGUUUAGGGCUACUGAGGCUGAUCAAGAACGGCUCAAAGCGUAUACAAAUAGUACAAUGACUGUUUUGAGAGGAAGAACGAUCUCUGUAGUUUCUGUUGAAUUCAAAGUUCUACUGGAAAGACUUUCCGAAUGCGUGUUAGGAGAUGUUGUCUAAACUUCCAUUGUACCCUCGUUAUUUGUUAGUGUGAAAUAUCUGACUAUGGCGCGCGGGCUUUAAGUAAUAAUAAAAAACAUUUGGUAAGAUAAACUGUAAAGACGACGGUUUUUAGUCAAUGACACAGGCAUUGUGAAACAAAUUUUGCGAACUAACCCAACGAGACAAAAAAGUAGAACCAGUAACCUUUCGCUUUAACCUUCAGAUGCUCUACCAUUACUUACAGCAAAUUCUUGGGUGGUGCCCCGUUUAAAUUUUGAAUCAAUGAGUAAUAAUAUUAAUAAUUAAAAUGACAAUCAUACAUUAAAGUAAUCACAAUCCAAAACAUUCUGUGUCUCGCCAGGAUUCCGGCAUUUGCUAUCACGGAAAUGAAGGCUACUUUUUAAUAUGAUUAAAGUGAAAGAUUAUGAUGCUUUUCAGUCAGUCACACAGACCCAGCUUUGACAACUUUUGCUCUCUUGUCCAUGAUACUCGUAAGGAAAAAAUUCUGACUAAGAGGAUAUCGAACCUCUGAUCUUCCGAUAAGUGCUUCUGUCAUUCUUCCUCUGAAUUCUUCCAACGACGUAAUCGAGGUAAAUUUGAUCACUGUGCUUUCACUACUCCUGCUGUAACAAUGGAACCAGUCGAACCCGACUUCAGUUCAUCAUGUUCUACAUACCAUAACCCAAACUCCCUCGUAAAUUUUAAAGAAUUUAUACUCUGAAUUCAUUAAGCCCUGUUACAUAAAAGAAUAUAACGAGCUUAAUAUUCUUGUCUUUUUUCAGCAUGCCAACCUCCGAAAGAGGAUUGUUUUCUGCAAUUUUACUUGGUCUCAUUUUAGUGGUCUCAGAGCCUACAACUGCUGAAGCCUCGGGAAGACACAGAUUGCCCACAUCGAAAGGCGGCAUCACUGUUCCAAUCACACCUCAAGAAAUUGGCCAAGCAUGGUGUAAAACGAAGCCGAUACGACAAACGAUUCGCAAGCGCGGUUGUGAGUCCAAAAUGGUUGAGAACAACAUGUGCUACGGACAGUGCCGAUCGUUCUACAUCCCAAUUCGUAAAGGUGCUUUUGAAUCCUGCUCGUUCUGCACACCUGUCAAUUCUACAACAUUAAAGGUUGUGCUGAAUUGUCCGACCAGGAAAAUUAAGAAAGUUGUCAAAAACGUUAAAAUCAUCACGGAAUGUAGUUGCCGAGUGUGCGCGAGUUUGAGGUACAUAUAA